AUGACCGAUACUCCCUCAAAACAGUCUGUGUGUUCAGAAGAGACAAUCACACAAAGUUUAGAUGGGGACGAAGCCUCCAUCACGCCCUCUGAUGAAGAGACCGGAGCACCCAUCGAGACUGUCAGUCCUCUAGGAUAUCAUGUCGAUUGGAUCAGCGUGAUUUUUCUAAAUGUUAGCAGGACGAUUGGAAUUGGAGUCUUCACAACUCCGGGAACGAUCCUGAAAGGAGUGGGAAGCGUAGGCUUGAGUUUAAUAUAUUGGGUGGUCGGGUUUUUAUUUUCUGCUGCAUCUCUCGCCGUCUAUCUAGAAUAUCUAUCUUAUUAUCCAAAGCGUUCUGGCGCUGACAUUGCGUACCUCGAGAAGGCCUAUCCGCGACCAAGACUCUUCGUUCCCGCAUUAUAUACAUUCACUUUCGUGUUUUUGUCAAUAUCAAGCAGCAGUGCGAUUGUGUUCGCUGAGUAUAUCUUUGCUGCUUUGGGACAGGAAACAUCCACCUGGAAUGUUCGGGGUUUGGCGGUCGGAAUGUCCACGUUUGUCACCCUUGUCUGUAUGGCUAACACGAAGUGGUCACUUCGCUUCAGUAACUGGAUUGGAAUGAUCAAAGUCGCUACUUUGGUAUUUAUCGCCAUUCUUGGUCUUAUCGUCCUAGCCGGCGGAAUUAGCCGUGUUGAAAACCCGGGAUCUAAUUUUCGGAACGCCUUUUCUGGUACCUCAACGAAUCUAAACGGUCUGGCCAAUGCAUUACUCAAGAUAAGAUUUGCAUAUGUCGGAUACGAGAAUGCUUUCAGUGUAGCUAAUGAAGUCAAAAACCCAAUACCGACGUUGAAGAAGUUUGCGCCUCUAUCGCUGGGCAUUGUCUUCAUCCUUUAUUUCAUGGCAAAUAUCGCUUACUUCGCCACCGUACCCAAAGAGCUGAUCCUAGAAUCUCAUGAACUGACUGCUAGUCUCUUCUUCGAAGCUAUAUUUCCGAAUCGUGAAGCUGUAGUCGCGCUACAGGUCUUGGUGGCCCUCAGCAGUCUAGGGAGUGUGUUUGCUUCUACUAUCUCAGCAUCUCGAGUCGUUCGAGAAUGUGGCAGGCAAGGUCUCCUACCCUAUCCUCGUGUCUGGGCCUCAACCAAGCCCUUCGGUACUCCGCUAGCUGCUUACGCACUAAGAUGGUUCAUUUCCUGUGUCGUUAUAAUACUACCUCCCCCGGGGGAUGCGUUCAAUUUCAUCGUCGACUUACAGUACUAUCCAACUGCUGUCUGGGCUCUACUAUUGACUUUUGGUCUUUAUAAGAUCAGAGCACGCCGUCAGAAAGCACACGCACCAUCUAGCGCAUUCAAGGUAUGGGAUAGCGUCGCGGCUUUUGCGUUAGCCGUAAAUGUUGGUAUCAUGGUCCUGCCGUGGGUUCCUCCGGAAGGUGGGAUAUACGGAGGGGACGUAAGUUUCUUCUACGCGACAUACUGCAUCGUCGGUGUAUUCAUAAUCCUGCUGGCCGCUUUCUUGUACUGGGUGUGGUUCAAGUACUUACCGAAGCGCGGUCAGUAUCGCAUACGGCUGGUUGUGGACAAAUUAUCCGAUGGAGCUCAGGCUCUUCGAACCGUCAGAGUACCGCUUCACGCGCUUGCUCAAUGGGAUUCAACACACGACGACCACGGCCAGCUUAUUAUUCCCGCGUCGUCUGAGGAAUAUCAUGACUAG